UGUACACUUCCGGUUUCUUCAAAGUUGUGUAAUAUUUUUCGCUUGGCAAAAGUUACACCAUUUCAUUCUUGUUUUCGUAUUUAAAGAUUUUAUUUAUUUUCUAGUUUAUAAAACCCUCAUUCACAUUCUUUAGAGAUGUCACGAGUAAAGCAGCCGACAAAUCAGAAGCGACUUACAAAUGUCGCAAACGUCAGGCUGAAAAAAGGUGGCAAACGAUUUGAGAUUGCUUGCUAUCCAAAUAAAGUUACAUCUUGGAGAAAUAAAGUGGAAACUGAUAUUGAUGAAGUAUUACAGACUCACACUGUCUUCACAAAUGUCUCAAAAGGAGAGGUGGCCAAAACCGAGGACCUCAAGAAUAUAUUUGGAACAGACAACCACUCGGAAAUCUGUCUUCAGAUAUUAAGUAAAGGUGAGGUGCAGGUUUCUGAGAAGGAAAGACAUGCCCAGCUGGAGUCUAUGUUCCGUGAUAUUGCGACUAUUAUUGCUGACAAGUGUGUGAACCCGGAGACUAAUCGUCCGUACACUGUGACGCUCAUCGAGAAGGCAAUGCGUGAUCUACACGUGUCAGUCAAACCAACCAAGAGUACCAAACAGCAGGCACUGGAUGUGAUUCGAGCAAUGAAGGAGUCCGAUACCAUCAACAUCCAGCGAGCGUACAUGCGAAUACGAGUUACUAUUCCAGCCAAAGAAGGCAAAAAGAUGAGAACCAAAUUCAGGAAACUGGCUAAAAAUGUGGAAAAAGAUGAGUUUGGUGAAACUCUAGAAAUGGUGUUGCUGAUUGACCCCGGAUGUUAUCGGGAGGUCGACGAGCUCAUCCAGACAGAGACUCGAGGUCAAGGUCAGCUGGAGGUCAUCAGUCUGAAGGAGGUUGAGGAGGGAGAUGAGAAACUGGAAUGACACUGAUGCAGCUGGAUGUAUCAAGUCAUGGACGCAGUGAACCGAGCAUUAACUGAUCUGGUCAUCUCCUUCCGUCACCGUCACUCUGAGAUUUUCACAAUGGGAUCCCAAUACAUUAUAAACAGUUUCUGAGACCUUGGCUACAAGAUCCAUAAGGUUUAUGACCAUCGCACACAUUCGUGUCUGUUGUAAAGAUUGCUUGCUGGCAUGUGAUGACCAUUUGGCUAUUCUAUUAUCUAGAUAUGUGGGCGUGUGUUCCAAAACGUAGGGGAGAGGGGAAGGUGUGAAAAGUAUUUCUUGUUUGAUAUCUAUUUGGUGGUGGCCUUGUGAAUGUGCCUAAAACCCCUUACUUCUCUCACAAUUUGUUUACUGUAAAUCAGGAAGUGCUAAAGAGCAUAAAAAUUUAGCACAGUCGUACAAGACAGAUACUUCAUGUCGCUAAAUUUAAAGAUUGUUUUGGUGGUGAUUAACUGAACACACAGCAAUGGUUACAUGCUAUAAUGAUAAAAUGAACAUGAUAGCAAACAAUAAUAAUUAGUUAGCAUGCACAUUGCUGAAAUUUUCUUAUAAAUUUGUCUAUAAGCUGCAGAACGUCAAAAUUUAUCAAAAGUAUUAAUCCAGCCGAUCCUACAACUUGAGCUCUUUUUUGUGUGUUUGAUGACAACAAUCGCAACUUUUAUGUCACUUAACUGGAUUUGACUAAAUUUUAAGAACACCAAUAUUUUAUAAUUUACUUUAUUUAAGUCGUGACCGACAAAAAUGACAAUAUGAUUCAGUGUAUAAUAUAUUUACAAAUUUGCAUAAUUAGUGUAAAUAAUAUCUACUGGACUGUAUAUAACUCUACUGAUAAUUACUUUCCUACAUGGUUGUUUUGGUACUGUGAUGUGCACAUUUUCUUUUGUCGCCAAAACAGAUGUAUGUUAUGAUUUUGACAAAUGUCAAUAGGAAAAAGGUAUUAUUUAAGAAUUUAAAAUCAAAAACAAAAUUUACUCCCAAAAUUAACUUUUAUUGCAUAUAGAUUGUCCUGUGGUGUAUCUGUAUUAUAUCAUUUAAUUUUUAUUUAAAUAUAUAUAUAUUAAAUAUUUAAAACUGAGGUGUAAGGUAGACUUUUUCUUAUGUAUUUGUUAGAUAAGCUGCAUGAAAAAUCCCUAAUUUUCUACAUUUGCUAUAUAAACAACAGUGAGCAUUAAACAAUUAAAAUUUAGAAGAUACAAGUUAGACUUACAUUAUAUGUUGGAUCAAGAAUUUUUUUUUUUUUUUUUUUUUAAAGAUCUUUUCUAUUAUUGAUAUGUAAGAAAGAAUAAACAAUCCUGUGAAACAGUAGGCUCUUUUUAGUAUCAGUACAUGUUCUUUACAGUUGGAUAAAAAUACUUAGUUCCACAAUAAUUGCUCACCAUUAUUUGAUCAUUAUUUAGGGCCAUGUACAGAAUACUCUCAAUCCACUAGAGAAGUAUACACAUCUAUUUUUCAAUACCCAUUAAUAAAAUGUUGUAUACAUAAUAGCAUAAUGUAUUAAAAUAAAGCUGUAUUUUGUGUAAAUAAAUAAAUCUUGCCUGCUUGUUCAGCAAA